GAGAUCCUUUCUAUUUCACUCAUACAGCAAAAUUCCAAGAACGCCGGCUUAGGACGGCCAUUUUUGUCACUUUUUCUUCCAUCUCUUUUUCUUUGUUCAUUAAACUCUUCCAAGUGUCUCCCUUUCUCUUCUUCUUCAUGGUCCUUUCUCUACUUUGUUACUCAUUGUUAGACCAUCGAGAAGAAUAAGCCUUUUUGAUAACUGAAAGUCCGAAACAAAGAAAUGGGGUGUGUUCAUGGCAAGAAUUCAAUGAACUCACCACCUAGAGGCUUAGAGAAGCUAAAAAUGGAAAAUGGGUAUAUGGGAAAAGAAAGAUUUGUGGGUCAUAGAAGGUCAACUGGUCAGAGGUAUUCUGAGCCAGGUCGGUUUUCUAAGCCUGAACCACCAAAGAAGCUUAAUGGAUUUGGUAGUGCUGAUGGUGUUGUUGCCGCUGUUGCUGGUGGCAAAGAAGGGAACUUCAAUGGUAAAGAAAAAAUGAGAAGCAAUGAAGCUGUUGAAAAGAGAAAUUUUUUUGUUGUUGGAGAUGAGAUGGUUGAUGGAUGGCCAAAAUGGCUCAUUGAUAAUAUCCCAAAAGAGGUUUUAGCUGGUUUGGUUCCAAAAAGUGCCGAGUUGUAUGAUAAGAUUGAUAAGAUAGGCCAGGGUACCUACAGCAAUGUAUAUAAAGCUCGAGAUAGGGAGACUGGAAAGAUUGUUGCCUUGAAAAAGGUCCGUUUUGACACAUCAGAACCUGAGAGUGUGAAAUUUAUGGCACGAGAGAUAAUGAUAUUACAGAAGUUGGAUCAUCCCAAUAUAGUGAAGCUUGAGGGAUUGGCCACAUCAAGAAUGCAAUAUAGUCUUUAUCUAGUUUUUGACUUUAUGCAUUCUGAUCUGGCAAGAAUUAUAACGCGUCCUGAGGGCAGGCUUACAGAACCACAGAUAAAAUAUUACAUGCAUCAACUGCUUUCAGGUCUGCAGCAUUGCCAUGAGAGGGGAAUUUUACAUCGGGAUAUUAAAGGAUCGAAUUUACUAAUUGAUAAAAAUGGGAUUUUAAAGAUUGCUGAUUUUGGACUUGCGAAUUUUUUUUCUCCUAACCGCAAAUACCCUCUCACAAACCGAGUUGUGACACUUUGGUAUAGAGCCCCUGAGCUGCUGUUAGGUUCGACAGACUAUGGAGUUGGAAUUGAUCUUUGGAGUGCUGGAUGCCUCUUGGCAGAGAUGUUUGCAGGGGGGCCAAUCAUGCCGGGUAGAACAGAGGUUGAGCAACUUCACAAGAUUUUCAAGUUGUGUGGCACUCCAUCGGAGGGAUAUUGGAAAAAGUUGAGGCUGUCUACAGCUUUCCGACCUCCCCAAUCAGACAAACCUAGUCUAAUUGAUGCUUUCAGGAACUUCCCCAAGUCUUCCUUAGGUCUUUUGAGCACUCUUCUUGCUUUAGAUCCUGCAUAUCGUGGCACUGCUUCUUCAGCCCUUAAAAAUGAAUUUUUUUACACAAGUCCAUUAGCGUGUGACCUUUCAGGUCUUCCUCUUGUUUAUAACAAGGAUGAUGAAGCUAAUCAACCUAGACAGCACAGAAAUUCAAAAAUGAAAAGACGAUCUCAAACGCUUGGAGCACACAGGAAACAAGAUGAGGUGGCUGAACAAAAGGAAGAAGCCAUGUUUCAUAGGGAGGGCACUAAGAAGUCUACUGAGUCAAAAAUGCAAGUUGAAGAACCUGGUAGCAGUACGAUGGCCACGAGCACCUCAUCAGGUUCAAAGCCCACCCAGGUGGAGAGCCCUCCUCUUUUGCUUUCUCUUGUUGCUUCUUCUGGCCAAAAGACAUCCCCAAGCACCCAUGUUCAUUCUAGUGCUAGUAGGAACAUUACAAACCGCCCUCCAUUACCCGGUUCCCAAACACGAGCCCCAAACUAUCAGAAGGACAAAGGUAACAUGUACAGAUUGAAUCAAGUUGGUAGGUCUGCAUCCACAAGGGAAUUCAGAACUUUGAACCAAAGGAAGCAUUUAGAAUACGCCAUUGAUGAUUAUGCCAUGUAAAAUGACCAAGUGGUGUUGAGAUUUUGCGAUUCUGAGUAAUAUACAUUUCCUUCUAAAGGUUUUAAUUGAUUUUUCUCCCUAAACUGAUCUUCAAGUAAUUAAAUAUAACCAUUAUGAAUAUUUUGCUGUCAUAGUUGAUUAGUAGGUGCCAUAUAUCCUGAGGAUUGACUUGUUUUAGCCUGCUAACCGAAGUUCAGGAUA